AUGGAUUCAUACGAUGACGACAUCCGGCGGCAGCAAUAUCAUCCCUCGCACUCGAUCCCCGAUGCUGCUUAUCCGGACGACUCGCCAUUCCGGCAGCAGCAGCAGCUCCAGGCGUCCUACAGCCCAGGAGGCUUUGGCGCGAGCCCUUCGCAUCCCUCGCAUGGAAUGACGCCUUUACCCUCCCACGUGGGAACUCAGCCUGGAUACCAGCCUCAGCAUCAACAACAGCCUCAGAACCAGGGAACUUGGCAGCCCUACGAUAUCCCCAGCAGCCCUCCGCCUCCCUAUGACCCAAACCAGGCUCCCAGCACAUACCAGUACUCGCAAAUCGAUGCAACGGCUCUCGCCAACCCGGCUACACGUCCAAAUACGCGCGUCGAUGUAACUGUCCAAACGGGGGGCAUAGAGAUGAUGCCGCUACACGGCGCGACAGUUGCCUUGUCUCCUCAAAUGGCACCCUUGGCUCCGGGAGCCUCGACCUCUGCGCUGACGCAGGCCAGCAAUGCUGCGGAAGACCCCUAUAAGUUAGACGCGGCGGCCGCGGAGCGCAGGCGCAAGCAGAGGCGCCUCAAGAUUUGCAUCAUCCUCUUAGCCGUGCUGUUUAUGUUCUGUGGCGCGCUGAUCAUCGGUGUGGCCUUGGGUGUUGUGAAAGGGGCACUCAACAAAUCAUCCGAUCAUGGUCCUAGUCCUGGUUCUGGUCCUGGUUUCUGA